UGGGCAACUUCAGUCGAGUCUGUCCCAUGGGUUCCAACUUCUUCCAGCGUUAAACACUGCUCUACACAUCCCAGAUCCCAUUCUGCAUUUUUACACCCAACUGAGACUUUGACAACAAAAAAAAAACCAAAACCUUUUUAAAAUCAUUUCUACAGCUGAACGGAUGUUUUUCUAGGGGAAAAAAUUGCAUUUCUCUUGCAUCUGAGAAAAAGUAUAUAUCCAUAUAUCCAUCUGAGACUGUCUCUGGCAGUCAUGAUUAUUCACUGACUUUUAAACAGAAAACCUUUUCUUUUUGCCUAACUGAAUCUUCCUAUUUUUACAAACUGAAGAAAAUUUACGGAAACAAGGGUUUUUUUUCCCCCUGCAACCCACAAAGGACUAAAGUUUACCCACCGUUGACAGAUUACAGAGAACGGCGAACAUGCGUAUGAUUUUGGUUCUGGUCGGAUUAUUUCUGCUGUCUUUUCCAUCAGCAAGAGCGGAGCCGGAGCCGCCGGAGGAGGAGGAGGAGAGCUCUUGUCACGGCGCCUUUGACCUAUACUUUGUGCUCGAUAAGUCUGGCAGUGUGAUUGGCCACUGGAAUGAAAUCUUUGAAUUUGUGAAGAAUUUAGCAGAGAAGUUUAAAAGUCCAAUGCUGAGGAUGUCCUUCAUAACAUUUAGUUCCAGAGCAUCCACCAUCAUGAAACUAACAGAAAACAGAGUUAGCAUCCAAAAGGGCCUGAAUGCUCUGAGAAAAGAGAAACCUGGUGGGGAUACUUUGAUGGACCUGGGGCUGCAGAGUGCAAAUGACCAGAUACGCAAAGAAAACUUUGGGACAGCCAGUGUGAUUAUCGCUCUGACAGAUGGAGACCUACAGAAGCAGCAGCUCAUCGAUGCACAACAGCAGGCAGAGGAAGCCAGACAUCUAGGAGCGAUUGUGUACUGUGUUGGUGUCAAAGACUUUAAUGAAACACAGCUGGCCACCAUCGCAGACACCAUAGAGCACGUGUUUCCUGUGCUAGGAGGGUUCCAUGCCCUUAGGGGUGUCAUCAACUCGAUUAUCAAGAAAUCCUGUAUUGAAAUUUUGGCAGCAGAACCAUCGAGUGUGUGUGCAGGAGAGACAUUUCAAGUUGUGGUGAGAGGGAAUGGAUUUCUCCACGCAAGAAACAUCGACCAGGUGCUCUGCAGCUUCAGAAUCAACGAUACCAUCACAGUCAAUGAAAAGCCUGCUGGUGUAGAAGACACAUUCUUACUGUGUUCAGCUCCUGUCAUCGAUGAAGUUGGAAAAGUGAUUUAUCUCCAAGUAAGCAUGAAUGAUGGUCUAUCCUUCAUCGGCAGCAACGUCCACAUCACCACCACAGAAUGUUUUGAUGGCACCAUACUCCUCAUAACAUUGCUGGUGUUGUUCCUCCUGCUGGCCCUCCUCUUUAUGUGGUGGUUCUGGCCUCUGUGCUGCACUGUGGUGAUCAAGGAACCACCUCCUCCUCCUCCUCCUGAGCCUGAGUCUGAUGAUGAUGACGAUGGUCUGCCAAAGAAGAAGUGGCCCACUGUGGAUGCCUCAUAUUAUGGAGGAAGAGGAAUUGGUGGAAUCAAGAGGAUGGAGGUGCGAUGGGGCGGUAAGGGCUCCACCGAGGAGGGGGCUAAGCUGGAGAAGCCAAAAAACGCGGUGGUAAAAAUGCCAGAACAGGAGUAUGAACCUUAUGAGCCCAAACCCAAGAAACCUCAGAACAAGAAGCCGCCUCAAAACCGAAAGUGGUACACACCUAUCCGGGGUAAACUGGAUGCCAUCUGGGCUCUGUUUCGCCAUGGGUAUGACCAGGUUUCCCUGAUGAGACCCCAGCCUGGUGAUCAUGGUCGAUGCAUCAACUUUACCAGAGUAAAAGAUGACUCGGCAGCAACCAAGGCCCCACCCCGUGCCCCAAUCAAUGCGCCCUCACCACCUCCACCAGACUACUGUCCAAUUCCCUGCCCCAACUCCUCGUCUCCAACCUCUUCCAGCCAUUCCACCAGAUCACCACCAUCAGGCCAGGUACCUCCAGGACCACCACCAUCCCGCACGCCUCCAGGGCCACCCUGUCCUCCACCAGCCCGUCCUCCACCCACCCUUCUACCUUGAAUCAUAUGGACAAACAUCCUUCACCCUCCCACCCUAUCCACUUUGAUACCACAGUGAUAUUACUACCCUUCUGAGCAUGUCUUUUAUGUUAUGUUUUAUUUAGGAGUUCCUGCUGCCAAAUAUGCUCCUGCCAUAUAUCAAAGAUCAGCUGUAUGCUGACAAUGAAACAUCAUGUAUUCCUUCUGUUGUAUUGGGUUAGAGUCUCAAGUUAAGCUGCAACCUCACACCUUAAGCUGUUCUCGCAUCUCACACGGUUAACUAUAGAUAAGGAACAUGUUUGAGUUGAAUGCUUUCUGUAACUGUGUAAUGCCAAAGCAAAGUGAGAUGCUCCAUAAACCGAUGGGCAACAAAACGUAUUUAAACUGUGGUUUAACUUGACAUUCUAUCCCACAUAAAUCACAUACCACCAUUUGUCAGAUCUUGAGGAAUUAUUGCUGGAAAGCAAAGCAAAAAGAUGUCUAUUGAAGAGUAUUGAAAGAUAUUUAAAUUUGUUAUUUUUAUCAAAUAUUGAAUUAUGUGAUUGCUGGUAAUUUUGCCCCUUCUUCAUUUCGUAUAUUUGCAGGUUUGGUCCUCUCUUACCCGACUGUUGCCAUGACUAUGCAAUGGACGGUACAAAACUCAGUUUACUAAAAGCAAAUGAAAUUUUAUAAAUCUAGUUAAUAUGAAUAAAUAUCUACAACUGAAGGUAGCUUAAAGUCUUUUUUUAAAGCAAAAUAACCUUAAACGAAACUGUUUAAAUACAUCAGUAUGUAUAAGCUUGUUUAUGAGUAUAAAAUAAAAACAGGAUCAGACAAAAUGGAAUCAAUUAGUGACAAAAUAGGGGCAUGAAUUUGAGAAGGGAGCGAAGUGACCCAGAACCAGUUGGGCCAUUGAUAUAAGGCAAAGAGUACUUUUUAAAUUACAAAUGUACUGUGAUAUUAUCCCUUUCUAUUGAUAAAUAGAAGGUUUUGUUGCGUGAGUUUACCACCUUAAUUGCUACCUAAGUACACCUAAAAGCAGCAAAUUCCAGUGAUUUAUUGAUCAACAGUGUGUGGUAAAGAUUUGUGGUCCAGUUGUUGUACAAUUGGAGAUAGGGUUAAAGGGAGGAUAUGUGUUUUUUGGUAUGUGUUUCAGGCGUUUAAAUGUCAUGUUGAUUGAAAUGUUUGAGGUUGGAAUUUUGGAGUAAAGUGAGAGGGAACAUGUAA